GUGGAUAAGGGCAGAGUCUCUGGAAAGUGGGAAAGAAAGCAGAGGGAUAGGAAGAAGGAAGAAUGGAGAAGUAUUUCGGAAACGCUUAUCGUGGCGACCCGGGCGUGCCCCAUUCGGACCCGGAUCGCUUCGUCAACAUAUGGGUUGGAUCCGCUGCCUUCGCUGUUCUCACAUAUUUCAAUCCCUACAUGUGGCAGCUCUCUAAUCAGUUCAAUUGGCAUGACAAAGCAAUGUUAUAUGAGCAAUAUCACUGGAAACAGGCAAGGAAGAAGAAUCAGCCAUAUGAGUUCUUGUGGAACAAGACCUGGGACAAGAACCACCGGGAACAUUACUACUACAACUGGCCUAUUUACUUUCCUUAGGCCACUUCUAUUUCAUUUCUUGCAUACUUUGUCCUAUUUAUUUUGGCUGCAAACCUGGAUCGCCCCCCCCCCAAUGCUUUCCUUGUGAUCAGUUCCUUUUUUUUUUAAAUAACUACACAAUUUAGAAACGGUUAAGAUAACAAAUACAAGGAUGCUUGGAUGUUUUUCAUGUUUA